AGCAGAUGUCAGGCGGCAAAUAAAAAAAGGUGUUUGGUUGGUCGGAGCCACAAUCUGAGACGAUGAUGAAGCCGUGCACAGCCUCUAUGCAGAGCUCCAGGCGUCUUGGAGGCGCGCUUGUGUGUGCACUAAUGCUGCUCUCCUGCACCGCACGAGCCCAAGUCCUGGACUCUGAGUCCGAGGAGGAGCUGAACUCCAGAGCCCUGCGAGAUUUUUACCCCAAAGGACCGAACCUAACCAGUGAGAAGCAACUGCUUGGAGCUCUGCAAGAAGUCCUGGAAAAGCUGCAGGCUAAACGACUACCUAUGUGGGAGAAGAAAUUUGGCCAAGUCCCAACGUGUGACAUUGGCGAGCAGUGCGCGGUGAGAAAAGGUGCUCGGAUCGGGAAGAUGUGCGACUGUCCUCGGGGAGCUUUCUGCAACUUCUUCUUGCUCAAGUGCUUAUGAGCCUGCUCGGUUCUUUACGUAGAAUGUAGCAUCCAGCUGAUAGAUACGUUGUCUCAGUAAUAAUAUGCUCAUACUUUUUCAUGACAAGGCUUGGGAUGUGACAUGUUAAGGAUAGAAAAUAAUAUAUUGUAUUUUUUUUUAAUUUAUAUCACGUGUGUAUAAUAUGCAACUACAGGGAUGACCAGUCUUAUGAGAGCUGCAUCUAAAAAUGUUGCCUUUGCAAGGAUAAUGCUCAGGUAUUUAUGUUACAAUAUGUCUAUUUUUUGUAACUACAUGACUGGAAAGGUUAAACAGAUUCAGUUUGUUCAAAGAAUACCCUGACUGAGCUUUGUUAUCUUUGUAAAACGCUAUUUUCAAUACAGCUCUCUUAUUGGCUCUCAUUGCUUGUACACUCUGUAUACCAGGGGUCCCCAAACUUUUUGACUCGGGGGCCGCAUUGAGUUAAAACAAUUUGGCCGGGAUACAUAUAUAUAU